CGGCCAGCGGGCGGGGACCAGGCUAUGGGGAGCGGUCCUGGCCUUUGAGGAGACUUGCUCGUCGGUCCAGACCCGCUGGGACCAUUCCCCACAGCAAAGAUGCUCCUGGGGGUUCCAAGAGGCCGCAAGAGCCAGUUUAAACACAUCAUCCAUGGCCUUCUACCUGCAGCCAGCAUUGCACCGAAGCCAGCUGUGCCCCGCACACCUCCUCCCCGCAGCCCCAACCCCUCUCCAGAGAGACCGAGGUCUGCUCUGGCUGCAGUCAUUCUAGCAACAACAUUGACUGGCCGGACUGUUGCCCUUCCUCAGCCACAACGGAUAUCCCAGUCUGAGAGUGACGUGACUCACCUUGAAAAUGACAGUUUCAUCAUGCCCUAUGCCACCACCUCAGAGCUGAGGCAUCAACCAAAUUGGCAGAGUGAGGCAGGAAGAAGCUCUUUGCCAUCCUUCGAAAUGCUGGGCUCUGGGGAGGAAGAGGACACCGACUCGCACCUGUCAUCUAGCAACAAGGAGUCCUCGGAAGUCAGUGCUCAUAAGGAAGAGGGAAGAGUUGGCGAUGCUGUGUAUGCCACGCCACACAGAAAUCAGCAAAAGGUUCCAUUGUCACAUGGGGUGGACAGUGAAGAUGAGGACAAUAUUUCUGAGCAAGAUCCAACUCUUAUACCACAGCAUACACAAGAAAAAGAGGGUGAACAUUCUGUUCUGACCUUAAAGGAUGAAAAAACACCAUUAUGCGGAAAACCUCCACCCUCCCCAGAUAUAACUGGUAAAACACGUCAACGAUGUAUAGAAAUAACCAAAGAAAAGUUUGAGGAAUUAAAAGAAGAAAAUUUGCUUCUGAACACAACAAACCAAACACUUACUCUUGAACUUAACAUAGUAAAACAAGCAAUGAAAGAACUACAGUUAAAAUUUAAGAGAAGAGUAAAAGAAAAUGGAAAGCUGAAAGAGGCCGAGAAGGCAUCCUCUAAGGAAGAAGUUGCUGCACCUGAAUUACUUUAUCUAAGAAAACAAGCUCAAGAACUGGUGGAUGAAAAUGAUGGGUUGAAAAUGACUGUCCAUCGUUUGAAUGUAGAACUGAGCAGAUAUCAAACAAAAUUCAGGCAUUUAUCAAAGGAAGAGAGUAUAAAUAUUGAAGGCCUACCAUCAAAGGGCCCUAUACCACCCUGGUUGUUGGAUAUAAAGUACCUGUCACCCUUGUUGCUGGCUUAUGAAGACCGAAUGAAAGAAAAAGACGAGCUCAUUUCCACCCUUCAGGAGGAAAUGAGAAUGUUCAGGAUUCGCGUCCAAGAAGUAGUGAAAGAAAAUAAAGAAUUGCACCAACAGUUAAACAAGAAUGGUACUAUUACCAGUGAGGAAUGGCAUCGGCUUCAGACUCAGGCGGAAUUGGUCUUCUUCAUCCAUCCCUUUUGUUUUUCAGUUUCUAAGCUGACUAAACAACUAAUGCUUCUGGAGACUAAAACGCAGAGCCAAGAAAAGGAGCUAACUAAAAGCAAGAAGCAACUGGAGAAUUUAUGUACCGAAUGCCAAGAACUGAAAACACAGUUGGAGGGCAAAAUAGCAAUGAAAGUUCAUACUUCAAUUGUAAAUGAAUUACAAAGCCAGUUGCAGAAGGAAGAAGAGAAAGAAAGUGCUGAAAUGGAAAAGUUGAUGGAAAAGUUGACGGUCCUGCAAGUGCAGAAGAAGAGUUUGCUCUUAGAGAAGAACAACUUGACAGCUAAAAACAAAGCGCUGGAAGCUGAACUCGAAAGGGCACAGAAAACAAAUAGGAGAUCUCAAAAAAAAAUUGACGUCCUCAAAAAGCAGGUUGAAAAAGCCAUGGAGAAUGAAAUGUCUGCCCACAAGUACCUGGCAAACCUUGUUGGCCUGGCGGAGAAUAUCACUCAGGAGCGUGACAAUCUGAUGUGUUUGGCCAAAUGUUUAGAAAAUGAGAAACAUGGAGUUCUCAACAAAAUUAUAAAAGGCAAUAUUCGCAUGGGAAGGUUGGAGGAAAAAGUCAAGGGUUACAAGAAGCUGGCUGCACUGAAGCUGGAUGACAUUAGUCACUGUCUGACAGAGCAGCAGGAGGACUUUGCUAGCAAGACCGCUCAGUACCAGCAGGAGAUGCGGUACCUCCAUCGGAUGCUGCAGGACAAGCAGGAUGUCCUGGAUGAGGCGCUACAGGAGAAAAGAGCAGUGGAAGGGGAACUUGAAGUGGUUUGGGAGUCUACCUCCAAGGAAAACCGAAGAAUCCGAGAACUUCUCCGCGCGACGCUGGAGAGGACGGGCGUGUGGACCGGCACCAGCGCCUCCGAGGAUCCCCGCCUCGAGGGCCUCGCUCAGGGCGACGUGCUGGAUGGCUGCAGCCUCAGCUACUGUGACAUGAAGCCGCCUCCCUCCCCCCGCCAGGGUCUGCAGGAGCCCCUGGGCUAGGACCUGGGCCCGAAAAGUCUGCCUUGCCCGGAACAGGGAAAGGCAAACUCCCACCUAACAGUGUUUUCCUCUCAGGGCCAGGAAGAAAUAAACUGUCUCAGCUUAAUUCCCGUUCUACAUUCUGCUUUACUUUAACAAUGAGCUGCUACACUCUGUUAGCCAGGGCGGGUCUUCUUGCCACACUGCCACUGAGAAUGGCUCGUGAGACCCCCUGCUCGGGUAACGGCCCGAUGAGCUGGCCCGUCGCCUGGCUCCUAGAAAGCACCGAGGGAAUGGCCGGCGGGACCAGCUCACGUGCUGUGUCAGGUCAGUCUAUUGGCUGUGCCCAGCAGGGGAGCAGCAGCGAGGGUCUCUGUGUAUCAGCUCUGGGUAGCAUUUUGUUGUUCGGUAGAAAUCAGGUGCUGGUAGCCAUGCAGCGGUAAGUUGUGCAAAACGUGUUGCGCCCUUUCUCUAAGCUUUCUCUCUCCCCCCGGGAAGGUACUUCUUCCGGGGUCACACAGUCCCUCCCCUUUGAGAGCCUCACUUUGAGCACCAAGGCAGGGCCCCUUCCAUGGCCACACCGAGAAGGACCCCGGAGGCUGUGGUUCUGCUCCGCUCUGUGCCACCUGCCCAGUUAGACAGUCCCAGCCUCUCGGGACCAGCCACUGGUCUGGUGAUGCCAGCUGACAGGCUGCUGUCCCCGGUACUGAAAGAUCCCGGACAGCAGGCCCCAGAGGCAGUGGUGCAGAGGGUGGAAUCCUGGGGCACGUUUUACAAAACCCCUCCUCGCUGAGGCCUGUGUUGUUCAGAUGAGCAAAUAAGCCCUGGCAUUGUCCUUGGUCAUCUGUAAAAGUUACAUCUGAGCGCUUUGAUUGCUAGAUGGAAAACUGAGAUAGAAUAUCCUAGCUCUUUUACAUUUUUAUUAACGACAAUUGUAAUUUACUGUCAUUUUCAAGGGGUAGAAAGACUCACCAGGAGUUAGAGCUACAUGAUAACUUAGCAAUAGCUUUGUUAUUUCAAGGGAGUUUGCCAACAAUCCGUAGUCAGGUGAGAGGUGCAGCCCGCAGUCCCACCUCCCGGACUGUGUCGGAGGGUGGCUUGUCUGUGGGAACACUGCCAUCGUCCCCACCUAGACAGCCACUUCGGUCCUCCUGGAUUUUCCUGCCUCCAUGAGAACAUCUUCUUCCCUGAGAAGUGAACGUUUUUACAUUUCUGCCUUGUUUACUACACACACAAAUGUACUUUGCAAGGGCAGGCAGCUGAGGCAGGGAACAGGCUGUCGGACGCUUUGGGAAGGGACAAAUGCCCCAGGCCUUGCAGGAUGGACCAGGGUUCGGGAGCUGGAGCAGGACAGAGGGAGGUGCGCAGAGGCAAGAACUCAGGAGCAGAGGAGGGGUUUGGGCCCUGGAAGUUGGGGUGGCAGUGAGGCCAGACUGGUCCACGGAGA